CAAGGUCAUAGAUCGGUAUGAUUUUUAGAUUGCUCUGGGUUAACUGCUGCUGCGUGUUGUCCCGGUUAUGCUGUCUCAUCGUGGUAGGUGGGAACAGGGAUGAAGCCAAGUUAACGGGAGGCCGAUCUGGGGUCCUGAGGAACGAUGCCGUCGACCCCUGCGGGGCGUAGGAGGCUCCGUGGCCGCCAUGGGUGAGCGAGCUACGAGUGGACAAUGUGGGCUACUUUCUGCAAACCACAGCUUUUCUGCUUGUUCCUGGCAGUGCUGACCAUCGUGGUCCUCGUCCACAACAUCACUCAGCUAGAGCACCUGGACCAUGAGGGAGACUCAACGUUCUUCCUCGAUGCCAGCGGGCAGGACGUUGGGGUGCAAGAGUCCGGACCGGGCAGGAAGUCCUACUGCGGGUACGAGCGCCAGGUGUUGUCGAGGAGGGAACGGGCGGAAGAAGCCUCCUUACUGGCGGCCCUGCAGUGGCAGGACUCUCCCAGAGAGCCGGUCCCCUUGGCCAGGAGCACUGACCCGUCGUCCAGCUACUUCGUCAUCUUGAACUCCGGGGCGGCCUUCAAGGUGGGCGACACCCUGGAGGUGCUGAUCCACGUCCAGGAUUUCCAGGGGAAGCCUAAGAAGUACGGCGGGGACUACCUGCAGGUGAAAAUCCACUCCCCGCCGCUGAAAGCCGGGGCGGUGGGCAAGGUGGUGGACUACCAGAACGGCUUCUACAAGGCCUUCUUCACGCUGCUGUGGCCGGGCAAGGCGACGGUCUCCGUGUCCCUGGUUCACCCCAGCGAGGCCAUCCCCGUCCUUCGACGGCUGCAGGAGGAGAAGCCGGACAGGGUGUAUUUCAAGAGCCUCUUCCGCUCGGGGAUGCUUUCGGAGACCACCGUCUGCAACGUCUGUCUGCCGGGGAACCUGCCCACGUGCAACUUCACGGACCUCUACACCGGCGAGCCCUGGUUCUGCUACCGGCCGAAGAAACUCUCCUGCGGCAGCCGCGUCAACCAUUUCAAAGGGGGGUAUCAGAAGGGCCUCUUAUCCGCCGCCGAGAGCGUCUUCUUCAAAAGUGACGUGAACAUCAAGAUGCCAAUUCUCUCCAGUGGUCCAGACUCGGUGACCGUGUGGCCCAUAGGAAUAAAAGAAGCAAACAAUCUGGAGCGAUCUCAAGGUGCGGACCCUUUCCCUUCCGGCUAUUAUUACCAGGAUCGGUGGAGGCCGAGAAAGUACAAGAUCCGUCGGUUCGAUGAACCUGCCAACAUUACCGAGUGCUUGCAAGGAAAAGUGGUCUAUUUAUUCGGGGAUUCCACCAUAAGGCAGUGGUUCGAAUAUCUGACGGCAUUUGUCCCGGACCUGGUGGAAUUUAACCUGGGCAGCCCGAAGAACGUGGGCCCCUUCCUCUCGGUGGACCUGAAGCACAACAUCUUGUUGAGGUACCGCUGCCACGGGCCGCCCAUCCGCUUCACCACGGUCUUCAGCAGCGAGCUGCGCUACGUGGCCAAUGAACUAAACGGCAUCGUGGGCGGCCGGAACACGGUGGUGGCGUUGACCCUCUGGGCCCACUUCAGCACGUUCCCCGUCGAAGUGUACAUCCGCCGGCUGAGGAACAUCCGCCGGGCCGUGGUCCGCCUGCUGGACCGGAGCCCCAAGACCGUGGUGGUCGUCCGGACGGCCAGCGUCCAGGAGCUGGGGCCCGAGGUGAGCCUCUUCAACAGCGACUGGUACUCCCUCCAGCUGGACACGGUCCUGCGGAGGAUGUUUUCUGGGACCGGCGUGUAUCUGGUGGAUGCCUGGGAGAUGACCCUGGCUCACCACCUGCCUCACCAGCUGCACCCGGAUGUCGUCAUCGUCAAGAACCAACUCGACAUGUUCCUGUCCUUCGUGUGUCCCCCGGAGACUUGAGCGCGCGGGCGUGACGGGGGAGCCCCCGCAGAGCGAACUCCAGCCGGGAGGGCGGGGAGGGACGGGGGACUGCCGGAGAGGGGAGAGGUCUAAUUUAUGUCUGCCCGUUGAGGUGCUAUCAAUCCCGCCCCAGCCGAGAGAGCCCAGCCGUAUCGACCGGAGAGUCGUACGUCCGCCCCGUCGGCAUCGCGACCAAAGAUCCAUGAGUGGAUGCGUUAGGACCUUCUCGUUUGGGGAUUUCUGGCCUUCUGGCUGCGAUAUCGGGCUCGGGCUAGACGGCGAGGGGAGGAAGCUGGUUCCAAAGAGAUCCGUGUCCCUGGCUGAGUCAGAGAGUGUGGGCGCACCCUCCAAUUCACCCUGAAGGGUCCCCGUCGCUAUUUAGGAUGCCCCGCCUCGAGGGUUGAAGCAGCUGGCUUCCGCAAACAUACUAAGGGGCAUAAGACUGAAAGCAGCGAGAUGAUUCCUUGGUGAUCUUCCCAUGCAAGUUCUCCUGGAAAAGUCACAGGGCGCAGUCAGGAUUUUACUCAAUUGACUAAUAUCGAACCUUCCCGCUCUAUGCAUUCAUGCCAAAUAAGCCCUUAGAAGAGGAAGAAAGUGGGCAACGAUACAAAACCAGUGGCUAGAUCAGAAAUGCUACAACUGAAUUUUGCACUGUACGAUUGUGUCUAAUUUAAUAGAUGCAGCUGUUCUUCACCAUGUUUACUGAACGAAUUCUACAAAAAAGCAGUGUUACUUUUGGUGAAAGGAGGCGAAGCGGUCUUUUUAUUUUGCUCUUGUGUUUUUGUUUUUUUAGGGUCCCCUCUUUGAAAAUAAUAUUGAAAUGUAUAUAAUUUUCAUCUUUUUCAAAUAGCCUUUCUUAUAUUAGCUUUUCCUUACCAUCAUCUUGAAAAGCAUCCUGAAAUGUGAAACUGAAACCUUUUUUCUGGCAGAUAGUGCCUGGCUGGCAGGCAGCGUGACCUCUUUUACCCUUCUCUUACAAAAGCCAUUUUUGAAAGUUGCCAGGUUUUUUUUUUUCUUUUACUGUUGAAACACGUACUAUUUCGUUUACAAGUAAGCAAACUGAAUAUAGUUUGUCAGUGGAUCCUGCUGACAGUGUCCAGGAAAUGCUGUCGAAUCUUGCUCUCGUAUGGAAAUCUCACUCUAAGCAGAGACACAUUUUUAUUGUGUUUUUGCCUUCGGCUCAUCAGUGGUAUUUGCUGAGCACCUUCUGAGGGCUUAGUGCAGCGCUCAGGGCUUAGUUCGGUGUUCUGCACACGACGAGCACUUAAUAGAUACUAUUUCUACUACCGCUGAGCCCUGGGGAGAGAGCAACAGAAGCAAAGCAAAGUUUUACCUACUCCCCUGGAACUACCAAUCUACUGGGAGAUACAAGUAGAUACAUAUUAUUUAUAAAUAACAGGAGCGGGCCAAAGAACAAGGAUAUUAGCAGAACGAAGAUAGAGUGUGAUAUGCCAGGAUGAAAUGCCUGGAUAAAUAAUUUAAUAUAGACAUAUACAGGUGUACCUAAGUGCCAAGGAGAGGAUUACAAGACGUGUUCUGAAGAUGGCAGUUGGGUCGACGUGUCUUAGCGUUGAUGUUACGAGAGCGUUGUGAAUUAAUCGAGAAGGUGUUCCUGGAGGAGGUGCGAUUUCAGGAGGGCUUUGAGGAUGAAGAGAACUGUGCGAAGGUGGAUUUGGAAGGGGGGUGGUUGUGUAGUGGGGAGAGGAUGGGAGGGGGCCCAGACAAGGAGAAAGAGUGCGAAUGAAGGGUUGGAGGAGGGGGGAACUGGGAGUGAGAGACCCAGUUAGGCGAGGGAAUUUGGGAGUGGCCGAUGAAGGGAGCCAAUGUUUAAGUCGGGAGCGGGUGUCCAACGACCCUUCCGUGUUGCCGUAGAGGCUUGAUUAAGCCCGUUCAUCACCCGAGUUUCCCAGCGGGUCCCCGAGGUUUUUGAGGAGCUCAGUUCAGUCAGUGGAGCCAGCGGAAUUUGUUGGAGAAAGGGACAGUAAGAGUUCCAUGCUAUUGGAUGGAGCGAGCCGGAGAGAUGAUUCACAGCUACACUUAUUGCAGUCUUGCACAUAAAUAUAAAAAAAUGAAACAGCUUGUUACUUGAAUUAGUUCACUCUGCCCUCAAAGGACAGAGAAAGAUGUAUGUUUAAUAGGCUCUACUACUGACCAACCCUGAAGAAAUUACACCUAUGAAGGAGUUAGUUGACUGACUCUAAGGCUGAUUCAUGAUUGCGUGUUUCAUGGCUGUUUGUACCUGUGAGUCAGCUAGAGAUUACAGGGAUCCUUUGACUCUCUUUUAGAUUCUGGAACUACCUUUUGGAGAGAUACUAGGUCCUCUCCAUGUACAAAAGCAGGCAUGUAUCUGGUAUGUUCGUGACAGCCAUAACCCCUUUGUGCAGAUAGAAUAACGGAGAUGAAGGUCCUGCAGAAAAUAUAAAGGAUUAGAUCAAUUCAAAAUACGAAUAUUUCUCCAACUAACCUCUAAUUUACCUCGGGUGACAGUGGGCUAUCUUGGUUGUGAUAAAAUCUGCUGGUUAUGUGAAGGGGAUCCAGAAGUUUCUCUUUCUGAAACGUGGGCGAUGGAUAAGGAAGCCCCUUUCCCUUAAAAUGCUUCGCUUAUGUUUAUGAAACCACUCGGAUUCCCGAGCUGAGUUUCAUUUCAGGGACAGGCCCUUCAGGGGAAGGAGUGGGAAGGUAAUUUUUUGGAAGCAUUUAGACCUAAAAGCACUUGUAUGAAUACAAAAGGUACUCGCGGAUAGGAUACAGGGCACAGACUGCAUGGGAAAAGAACAAGUCUGAGCGCAUUAGCAGGAGGUGAAGCAGGAGGACACUUUGAAAGCCUGUGGGGGUCUAGAAGUGGACUUUCUCCAGAAGAAGUGUGGCAAGUGCUUUUUAGCUUAACUAAAAGGGUGGAAAUAGAUGUAAUGCCUACAGACCACGCAAUUUCUGUAGUCCGUAACAUUUGGUGUGUAGCAUUUAUUGAGCACUUACAGUGCGCAAUACGCCUUGUUGAGAACACUGCCCUUAUCCCCCGGCCCAUGAUCCAAAAGGAGUGAUGUUGGAGGUGGGGAGCAGAUGCACAGGGAAAAGUUAACAAUGAACAUGAAUCAGCACAAGGAAAGAUCAGGUAAAAAAAAAAACAAACAACUAAACCACAUCAACUGCAAAAACAAACCAAGAGCGGUUUGUUUAAGGCGCUUGGAUCUGCUCCAGGCAGGCAUUUUUUGGGUGAGAAACUACCACCACUUUCCCCGACGUGCCAAUUUUUAUACCGGCGCUGCUGAGUGCCCUGUUUGCCUGCGCUUCCUCCUAGCGAUGCAUUUCAUCAAGUGGCCGCCAUCAGAUCCUAGAGCCAGUUAGACCCACACUUGUAUUAAUCUCUGCGUAUCUUCUGGGAUUAGCUCUUGGGGAAAAUAGCAAUACCAAUAAAAUCCCGUCUUUUGAAAAGCCUACUAAGUGGAAUGUCUAGUCAAUCGAUCGCGAUUUGUCGGUGUGCAUCGUGGCUCCGUUUCAUCACAACUUUCAAGUUGCCGAUGUCCGUCACGUCUUGGGCUCAUAGGCGCUAUAUACCUAAUCGUCGUCAGUUUACCCGUGGGAAAGCACCAUUAGUGUGUGAUAUUAGCACUGGGCCCUAAUCCAUAAUCUAGAGCAACCAAGAUAGUGGAGCUUCUAGGUACGCAUUCUUGUGUCUCGGCCUACUGCAUUUACCAAAUAUUAGUUAUCUUUUAAGGCUAAUUGCCCUAUCCUGGAUCACUACAGCAAACCAUCAGUCUUUACCAAAGUAAACUUUGUUUCAGCCAUAAAUAAAGAUAGUUUUAUCUA